CAGUUCCUGACAUUUACCGCAAUGGAAACGUAUUAGUCUGGCUUUACCCCAAAGCGUCCCAGUCUGUAUAUAUAAAAAACCUACAUCGACCAUAGUCCCAAAAAGCCCAUACUAAAUUUCAAAGUCUUGGGGCAUUGUUUACGAGUGGAAAUAUUUCUGCGCCACACUGGAACUCGCGCGGGGGAGGGAUUUGCACGCACGCACCCAUCUGCAUGCCGUGAUCUCGUUGUCGUCGCGUCCGGGUCGGGUGGUUUUUUUUAGUGCGUCGUGGUUUAUACAGACGAUUCGUGGCAUCCUUUAUGUGCCUGGGAAUUUCCUUGCCGUUCGUACGCACCAAGCCAAUACACGGGACAUGUCGACUGAGCCAAAACAAAUAUUAUUUUCGCCUGCCAAAUUCGUCUGAAUCGUAAUAUCGCGUCCAUUGUUUUCCCGACAAAAAGACGGUGUUACUCUCGAAGCCUCGGUGGUGGCCGCAUAUCUUUGCGGGUGGCUGCCAGCUCUCUCAUCGUAUGCCGGAGGAUGGACGAAAAAGUUUCUCGUUGCUAGCAGGCAUCCGCGACAGUGCAAGUGAGUGAGUGUUUCUGAAACGAAAACCGAGAUGACCGGAGAGAAUGCGAAAUCUCGGUUUCUGACUUAUCACGUAACUGCCUAAAGUAGCGUUCAAUAUUUACUCAGCGCCGCGGUCCUAGCUGGAUGCCGACUAGUUUUCUGUAUCUUAACAAAUAGUGAAAAGUGCAUGUGUCGUGCGUGCCGAUCCUGAAUCUGACUUGAAAGGGAAAAAUAGUUAUUCGCCCAGCUCAAAGGUGUGCGAGUCCCGAGUGAGAUUGCCUGAAAAAAGUAUUGACCGAAGAACUGGAAAAGAAGCUGAAUUUCGAUAAGUUCCGAGCCGCCUGGAUGUGUAUGUGUGUGCGUGACUUUUCAAUCAGACAUCAACAACAACAACAACACUUCGAGCCCAGCUCAGGCUGCAGGACCAUCGUGGUCAGCUGCUGCUGACCAGCGCCUCGAUGCUCGUGCGUUGCAAGGCGCCUCAUCGCAUCUCUGGAAAUCAAUGUUGUGACGCGGUUGGAAGAAAGCUUAAGCUUGAGUGGGAAGUGUCGUCGUCGUCGUUGCCGUCGCCGUCUCACCAGUGCCAGCAGGCAGCCAGCUUGCCAGCGAUAUUAAGGUUCCCCCGUGUGUCCGUGACCGCAUCGUCGCUGCGGACCGCCAGCCCUGUUGCCAGUGCGUGCGUGCCGUACGGAGGACGGGCGGUGUUAUUUGCAUGUGGUGAAUGACAUGCGGUUCCAUAGAAAAAGUCGCAAAACAUAAACAAACAAUAGAAUUUUGACAAUUCCCGCAUCCGAGCGUGGUGUGUCAAAAGUGACGUGCCAUCGCGCGUGUUGCAACUGUUCCUUGGGAUUUCGGAAUACGCGGGCCGGCAACAGUGGCCGAACAGGGCACACUAACACACCAAGCCAUCGUCCGGAUGAUAACAGCGUGUCGUGGAGAUUGCGAGGCGGCAGUGCAGCUGAACACGCGCAAAACAUUUGCAAGAUUGGGAGAUAUCUCGGCGUCGAUUUGGUCGGAAUUAGUGCGGCCGGGAUUUCCUGAAUUACGUAGUGUCGUUGGUCAUUGGACGCGAGUGAGUUCACCGCGAGAUUUACAAUACUUUGCUCGCCUGCAGGCCGGGAAAUUGACGCGAUUCGUGCUCGAGACCGUCGACGGAUUGCAGUGCUAGUGUACGCGAUAGCCAGGCGAGCGGAGGAUCGUGACGUGUUUACAAACUUCAGUUCGCGGGCACGAAGGAAUUCCAUUUGGUUGAAAGCGAAUCCGGGGGCCUACUUCUGCGUAGCCAAGCAGCAUCCGACACCCUCGGUCAGCCGUCAAAAUGGGCAAUACAAUGUUGUGCGUUAUUAAUGGCAGCGGCAGAAAACUCUUCCCAGUGAGUGCUAGGACUGUCAUUCAUUAAUCGCUCGUCCUGAAAAGUAUGCACGUUCCCAGUUCGUAUUGUGAAACUCGUCAACCUUCCGCUGUUUUAUUGGCUAGCAUGGACUCGUCAGGUGCAAGUCCAGCGCUGUCUCCUGAAGCCCCCACGGUGAAUAUCGCCCCACAGUCAGCAUCACCCCUACCGUCACUUGCCUUACGACAGUCGCUAUCGCCGUCAGCAGGGCCGUCUCCUCAUCAAACAUCCAAUCCCGAAGUGGAAUCCCCCAUGGAAAUGGAAAUCCCCAACGCAUCCAAAGCACCACCAUUCGACGGCUCAAGUACAAGUGACCGGAUCACAAUGGAGAGUAGUGAUAACCGCAGUAACUCGCGGUCGGCAUCACAAUCACCAACUUCUUCCCCAAGCCCCCCAGCCUCAUUGCGAUUUAGCUCCGUAGAGGCCCCAGUAAACACACCAAAUCCUAGUCAAGAGAUGUGCCAACCAAUUGACAUGUCUCAACCGCUCCCUUUGGCAACAAGUCCAAGCUCCAGUCCAAACAAUGAAGCUGCCAGUCACCAACAGCAGCAGCAGAACGAGCCCAAUCGUACUUCCAUCGGAAUACAGGGCAUACACAGUCCCAUGUUUGAAACGAACCCACAAUUCUCGGAACGAAUUCCUACACAAAAUUCAGGUUGUUGCCCAGGCUCACAGGAUAUUGAGUCGAUGGCCGAAGAUUUGAAGACUGAGAUUCAUUCGAAGCUACCUUCGUACGAGUCGAUGCCACAAAGCAAUAAAACAUCGAAUAAUGCCGACGGGAAUAGUAGCCAAACGAGUGGUAGCAAAUAUCCUUCCGAGGAUGAAAGAACUUACCUGAGACAGGAUUCACACGAGGCGAUGAAUGUCGACGACGAUGAGAAAUCCGGCGGCAAUGUUACGAGAGAGGUUGGCCUAAUUUCAGCACAACAACGCUUUAGUCCAUUUACAGUAAAUACUUGUGAUAAACCUGACAACAGCUGUAGCAAUACGAAUUCCGUUUCAACGGAAAAUGCUACUGAAAACCCUGGGCCGUCCGCUGAUAAUAACGAUAUCGAAGUUCAGAAUAGGGUUCACGAUUCAAACGGACCAGAUUCACAUCAAAUUUCUAUUGACGAUCAGCAGGAGCAAGCGAUCCUUCCGCAACAACUUCAAAAACAACCAAUCCACGGUGGUAACUAUCACUCAGUGGCAUUGGAAUCGAAUGGAAAUACUCAGCCGUCAAUGGAAGACGAACGAAAUACUCAAAUGCUGUGUAGUCCUCACAAUCUUCCAAUACCGACAAAUCUCAGUGAUAUAAACCAGUUACAUUGUGUUCAAAUGGACAUGAUGGCCGUCCACCAGCGUCAGCAUAAUCCUCAACAACCACAACGUCAACAACAGCAGGCACACCAACAGCACUACAACGAACAAUUAGGUCAAUUUCAUAUGCACGCCGAACAAGAACGCAAUCAUCAUCAUUCGUUUCAUUAUCAACAACUUGAACCGCGCCAAUUCCACAUUCAACAGCCAACGACUAUAGGGCAACAUAAACAUCAUGAUGUUGAUGGCCACCUCCAUCAUCAUCAUCAGCAACAAAGACAGCAGUUUCAUCAGCACUUUCCGAUGCACUCGUAUCAUCAUCAUCAACAAUAUCACCUGUCACCGAUGCAACAUGGCAUGCAGGACGAACACCACCAAUCGGAAGAGCAUCAUCAAGCUCAUCGUCAGCAGCAGCUCGAUCGCCAGUCGCAUCAUUUAACUUGCAUAGAUGAGCUCAUGAUGGACGACGACCAUGAUAUGGAGCAUGCCAACCGAUAUAAAAUGCUAUCACCCAUAGUUAAAAGUGAGAAUCAAGACGACGGCUACGAAACAAGUGCCGGCGAUGUCUUAACGCCCAAUUCGCAUACAUCCUCCUCAUCGACGUCAUCCUCAUCACAACAACCAUUAACUCCACGAUCAAUGCAGCAUCCCGCUCAACCGUCUCUGGCGUCAUCCUCAAAUACCUCGUUGCACAGUCACCAUUCAAAUUCAGGACUAGUACCAAAACUCGAAGCACCAACACCGCAACCAUCCAAUUCGUCCGUUGAAGAUCCUUACAACUAUAUGGAAGAUGAACUGAACAACAACGUCCAUAUGAUGUCACCAGUGUUAGCAGCAAGCCCGAUAUCCAUGCGCCAUCAAGGAUAUACGCAUCAUUCAAUUGGGCCACCUGGUAGUGAGCCAAACGGUUGUGGGAAUGAUGGCGGCAAUAUCACAUCUUUAGGAAUUAUGAGUGGCAAUACGUUAGUUUCUGUUGGGAAUGGUGCUGGUCCGCCAGGUCCUGAUGAUAGUGGCCAAAUGAUUAAUAGUUCACCGUCUAAUGCAAUGACGGCUAUGAAUACAACUGUGAUUCCGGAAUUAACACCAGCUAAGAAGCGUGGACGUAAGAAGAAGAUUCGAGAUGAAAAUGGGACAAUUGUCAACGGCAUUCUAAAACCGGUUACAGUGCAUAAGGAGCGCAAAAAACAUGAUCGUUUCAAUGGAAUGCCAGAAGAGGAGGUUUCCAAGCGUACUCUGCCCGAUCAUCUGACUGAUAACUUGGAUAUCAUAAUCAUUGGUAUUAAUCCGGGUUUAUUUGCCGCAUAUAAGGGUCAUCAUUACGCUGGACCGGGUAAUCAUUUUUGGAAAUGUUUAUACCUUUCCGGUUUAAUACAUGAACAAAUGACUGCCGAAGAGGAUUAUAAGCUUUUAGAUUUCGGUAUUGGUUUUACCAAUAUGGUUGAGCGGGCAACAAAAGGAUCAGCCGACUUGACAAGAAAAGAAAUUAAAGAGGGCUGUCGUAUUUUAUUGGAUAAACUACGUAAAUUUCGACCUAAAAUAGCUGUGUUCAAUGGAAAAUUGAUAUUUGAAGUAUUCUCGGGAAAGAAAGAUUUUCAUUUUGGUCGACAAGAUGAUUUUGUCGAUGGCACUAAUACGUAUAUGUGGGUGAUGCCGUCAUCAUCGGCUCGAUGUGCUCAAUUACCACGUGCUGCUGACAAAGUACCAUUUUAUGCGGCACUAAAAAAAUUUCGUGACUACUUAAAUGGAUUAAUACCGCAUAUCGAAGAUACCGAGUGCGUUUUUAACGAUCCAAAAUAUAAAGCGUGCUGUGAAACCGAACCAAAAACAGAGAGCUUAAUUUAUAGGGACAUUACAGACUUAAGUAAUUGUAAUUUAACUAAUAAUGUUAGUAGCAACAAUAGUAAUACCUUGAUGAUAAGUAAGAACGGUCAUACUGGUUUAGAUUCAGACAAAAAUACAUUAGAUAGUGGUAUAAUGGGGGCUGAUAUUUUGGCACCGCCUGGCAAAAAGAAACGUGGUCGUCCAAAGAAAAUUAAAGGUCUCGAUUGUCCCGGUAAUGGAACAAAUCCCGCUACUGUAAAUAAUGGUAUGGCGGGUGAUAAUUCGAAUGUUUUAAUGAAAUUACCGCCGUCAUCGUUGCAUUUAGGGCAACCCAAUGGUAAUGGCAACGGCACUGGGAUUACGGAUACCAAUUUAAUGAAUUCUGCUAUGAUGCCUAAGAAGAAACGUGGUCGACCUAAGAAAAUCAAAACCAACAUUGCGCCGAUAUCAAAUAGUGGCAAUACAUGUAGUGAGUUAAUGAUGAAUAAUAACAAUAGCGUUGGUGGACAGCUUCUAAGCCAUAAUAAUAAUAUUAUGAAUAAUAAUAGCUUGGAAAAUAUGAAUGGCAUGGAAAUGAAUCAUAAUAGUCCGGCAAACGGUAUUGCUUCCCAAGUGGGGGGUGUUAAUCAGAUGAAUUCCAACAAUCUUUGUGGAAAUACUCCGAAUCAGGGGCGCCUUUUCUCGCCAAUGAUGCAUUCACCAAGCACGGUCAGCAGUUCCUAUUGUCCUUUUGGCAUGAAUAUUACUGCUCCGCCGUCAACGCCACCAAUGAACUUCAACCCCAAUUCAAAUAUAAACAGUUACCAUCACCAACACUCACAUCAUCAUCAAGUACAGCAUCACAAUACGUAUCAGCCAUCGUAUGGACCGCAUUCGGAUCUUUCAUCUGAAAUAUCUGCCGCUAUAUCUGCAGAACAUCUUGGCGAUUCACCGACAUCGGCCUCGCCGAAUGUUGCGCCGUCUGGUUAUGAUUCGGCAACAGCAAUGCAAUCGAAUGAACCAAACCCCAAUGAUAUACGAUACUCAAGUCCAUCGAACAUGAAUGAUCAUCAUCAACAGAAGCAUUUACAAUUGCUUGGUAAUAACUACCCCGCCUAUAAUCCCAGUCCGGAAAAUAGCUAUUUAUCAUCAUCUGCUAAUGCGAAUAGUAAUUCGAAUGAAGUGAAUCAUAAUGAUCGCUAUAUGUCUAAUCAGCAAGCCCAGAAUCCGGGUAGUAAUCAACAACAACAACAGCAGAAAAUGCCUGAUGUCUCGUCGAAGAGUUUAUCUGGAUUGGAGUCGUUGGUACAUCAGAUACCUACAAUGUCAGAUUUGUCGAACUCUUCAGGGCAGCAGCAGCAGCUGUCUAAUACUUCGUCCCCUUCAGUAGGGCACAUGCAACAAUCUGGUGCUUCAUCUAGCGACCAUUCGAGCGUGAAUAGUGAUCAAUACAAUACAAGUUGUUUGUAUAAUGAAUAUGGCGGUCCAGUCCAACAUCAGUCAUCCUCAUCGAUCUCUCCUGCUCCUACGAUAGUCUCGGCGGCAUCUUCUGCCGCAACAUCAAUUCUUCUUUCACCCCACCAUCAUUAUACCGGCUCCAUGGGUUCAUAUUCGCCUAGCACGCUCAAUACAUCGAAUCCGCCUAUAUCUGCAUCCAUAUCAUCACCAUCGUCUGCAUCACCGUCGCCUUUAUCUACGUCGGUUUCGAAUAACAACGGCAACAGCAAUGCCGGCUCCAAUCCUUUCAAUUAUAGCAGUCUUGUGUCAAGUAAUUUCUCAGUGAGUAGUCUUACUUCUAAUAAUAUCUCUAAUACAUACCGGUCCAACUUGAUGAACACAUCCUCACCAUCGUCUUUGUCACAUCAUCAGUUGAAUAGUAGUACGGCAGGAAGUAGUAGCGGGUCGGCAAGCAACAGCCCAAUGUAUAUCGAUCAGCCGCAGAUGCUUCUGCCUGUCAGUCCGCUUUAUCCCCAUCCUCAUCAUCAUAAUCCUUAUGCUCAGCAUUCGGUUUAUACAGGAUAUGGUGCAGGACCACCUCCAUUAUCUACAGGUACAUCGACGUCAGCAACAUCUUCACCAUCACCGGUACAAUCACCGGCUCCCCAAUCGCAUCAUCCUUCUGUACCAACGCAUCCGACCAUACAUAUGCCAAGUCCUAAUUAUCCCUAUGGGUAUAGCAACGUUGGCGGUUAUGCGCAACCUCAUCAUCCCCAUCAUCCUGCCGUUCAUCAUCAUCAUCAUCCAAGUGUACAUCAUCCUGCUGCUGUUCAUCAUCCCGCUGCAGCAGCUGGUUAUCUUUCUACGCAUUCAUCCAUGUUUGAUCGUUUGAAAUCGGAUUUUGGUUAUGGCGGCUUCUGAUUAUCAAUAACCUCGCAAUUGCUACGAAGAUAAAUUAAUUUCCUACAGUAAAAGUACAGAUGAUGUUGUAGGCCGUGAUUUAUUAUGGGUUGGAGUUGAUUCAGAGAGGACCAAUGGGGGUGUACAGCAACAGAUAUAAAUGGUUAUCCUUUACGGGUUUAUGUAAAACAAAAAAAUGGCUCUUUUGAAGUCUUCCUUUUUUUUUUCUAAUGUGAAAUUGGGGGUUUCCCCGGAGAGGCGGGAUAUGUUGCGAUGAACUGCGGUUGCGACAUAGUCUUGAAAGGGUCGGUUUCGCAUGGACCGCUUAUAUAUGUAGGGAGGAGGACUAUUUUGACUAUUGGGUUGUGAGAAGGAUGUUUUUUUUGUUUUGUUCUUGUCGGAUGCUGUUGUAAAAGCAUCGAAAAAAGUGCCGACUUGAUUCGAUUGUAUCGCUGACGUCGAAGAUGAUGUACGCAGUCCGGAUCAAAGUAGCAUUUAUAGUUAAUUCAUUUAAUAUGGACGGAUAUAUCAGCUGAUAGUCGAAUUCCUUGUGAAUUCAUAUCCAUUGGCCUACAUUCACAUCGCUAAGGAUGAACGAGAACGUCCGAGAAAAAAAUAUAUCUAGGUAGAGUACUAUUACAGGCGUAUGUUAAAUUCAUAAGUGUAAAAAAUGCUCAUUGGAUUCUUUUAGCUAAAAACAAUAAGAAUAUUAAAACACUUAUACUAAAGAAUUUCAUCAAUGGCUUCGUAAUUUACCUAUAAUGUGACUAUUUUGUGAUUUUUAAGAAUCUCAACAUAUCUACGUGCAAUCGAAGCUUGAUGGAGGUAGAAAGGAUAAAUAAUUAUGCUUUUAAGGCAGUCUCGUUGUGUUUGUUAUAAUACUACUACUAUUACUUGAAUAGGUUGUUUUAUCUUUUUUAUUUUCUUGAAUUUACCUAAGCCCAAAAGGGGUCUUCAGUAAGCUGUCACAAAAGCAGGGAUCAAUACAGCUGUGCAUAUAAAGUAUUUUUAUAAUUUUUUUCGCGAGAACGCAUUGAAUUGAGUUCUCCCAAGUGUGUUAUAUGACAUUUUUUUUAGUGUCAACGCUCAAUUCGCCUCUAGUUCCUCUGUUAUAAUAAAACAAAAUGCAAUGCAAUGGAAAAUCAAAAUAGGUCAAAGGGUUUAUCAUACCUUAGAAGACUCCGAAUGGAAUUAUUUCGCAACUAAAACUACUGUACAUUGAUAUAUACUUCUUCCGUGAGAGGUUGUUUUCAUAUUAAAAAAAGAAUUUUUUUUGUUGAUGCUUGUGUUUUAGGAAUUUAAGAUGAAACUAUUUCCUAAAUGUAAAAGAAUUGAAUCUUGAAACUAUUAAAAAAAAAUGUAAAAUCUCGCAUCGGUUUGAAUUGAGUGCAAGAAUAUUUAUAAGAGAUAAAUUCAUGUUGGAAUAAUUUUACUCAGAAAAUAGUCAUAGGGCAACAUGAUAUCACACUUUACAAUGUAAAAACAAGUAAAUACAGUAAAAUAUUACUAGGGAUGAAGUCUCUGAACAUGAAUCUUCGUAAUUAAUGAAUUUAUAUUUCGAGAAAAGAUAAAAAAAACGAUGUAUCCUUUUUUUUAAAACUAAGACUAAUAAUAAAUAUAUAAACUUUAUUAUAAAUGUGACUAUAAGAAAUUUAAAAGAAAAAAAUAAAGUCAUCCAUGAAUCUAAUAUUAGCCACGCCACACUACAAGGGAGAAACGUUAUAGACAAGGAAAGGAUCUAGACAUAAUUAGGCUAAAAACAAUGCUAUAAUCUUCAUGAAAGUAAUUUUAUUGCGAGUCGAGAAAAGAAAUACCAGAGAAAGAAGUAUAUAAAGGAAUUUUGCAGAAAUCUUCCUCGAAGCAACCAGAAAGUUAAACAUAAAAAAUAAAACAAAAAAAAUAUAUAACUGUAUGUACACUGACAUUUACCGUUUUAAUAAGAGCCAUUCAACUUCACUACCAUAUAUCAUCUUGGCUUGGUUUGUAUCGAGCACAUAUCGUUCUUUUUUCAAAGCUAUCGAGUUCUUAUUCUCUACUUGGCAGUUAAAUAUCUUUGUACAUUUUUAGUUUUUCAUUGUUACAUCUCCUUUAAUUUCUUCUCUAAAAUUUUUAGUAUCUCAUUUUGGGAUUUGAUGUGCAAUACUUUGAUCAUGGGGUAAAUUAUAAACGUGUCUAUAAAACUAAGUGAAGAACAGAAACAGAGAGAGAGAGAGAAAGAAUAUAUAAAAUAAUAUACGGAUAAAAAGAGAAAAUUCACUAAAAAAGUAUCGACAGCAUAAAAAAAAGUGAAGUAGAUUUUAAUUAAUUUAUAGACGAAGGAACAAAAUCCAGUAAAUAUUUCUCAAUAUUAUGGAUUUUAACUUAAAAACGAUCUAAAACAAAAGAAAAUUAUACAUUGAUUGUGGAAAAAUUUUAUUGAUAAAGAGCUUAAAAAUGAGUGAAAAAUACACAACAAAUAACUAGACAAUAA